CAGACAGCUAUCAAUACCAGUUGCAAUCCAUGUGGCAGAAAUGUUGGAACACCAAUCAGAGUUUGAUGCAUCAUCUACGCUUCCGCGAGCGUGGCCCACUCAAGUCAUGGCGUCCCGAAACAAUGGCCGAAGCUAUUUUUAGCGUACUAAAAGAGGGACUCUCACUUUCGCAGGCGGCACGCAAGUACGACAUACCCUAUCCGACGUUUGUCCUAUACGCGAAUCGCGUGCACAAUAUGCUUGGCCCCUCAAUCGAUGGUGGUCCCGAUUUGCGACCCAAAGGACGUGGGCGUCCGCAGCGCAUAUUACUCGGCAUAUGGCCGGACGAACAUAUUAAGGGUGUCAUAAAAACGGUUGUCUUCCGCGAUGCAAAGGACCUCAAGGACGAUAGUUUGGUACCGCAUUUACCCUAUGGUCGACAUUCGGAUGGCCCUAUGAAUUACCCCGGCAUGAGUGGACCCUGCCCGAAUGGUGUACCGACGCCCACCGGUGAUCAAAUGUCACAGGAGGCUACGGCUGCCGCUGUGGCAGCUGUUGCGCAUAACAUUCGCCAGCAAAUGCAGUUGGCGGCAGCUGUUCAACACCAACAUCCGUCAGAGGGUCCGCCAGGCCCCGGCCUCUUUAACUUGCCACCGCAUUUACAGCCACACUUAGCCGCCGCAGCCGCAGCCGGCUCGAGUGGUGCUGCGCCCGGCGGACAUGGCUCGGUACCGCUGCCAAAGACGAGUAUAUCUCCUGCGCUCAGUACUACAUCGAAUCCUGGUGCCGCCUCAAUGUUGGGCCCACGACACGCACCCUCGCCAUGCGGUCCUGGCUUGCCUGGCCUGCCGCCUAAUUUGCCACCCAGCAUGGCAAUGGCUCUGCAUAUGGGGCGUUGUGAUCCGUCUGCUGUGCUCAGCCAGCAGCAACAGCACCAAUUGCAACAUCUACACAUGCAGCAGCAACAAGUCGCAACAGCGACAAAAUCGAAAUGUGCAUCCCCAUCAUCGUUACUUGAACAUCGUCGCCCGAGCCCAAGCGCCGAGUCACAUCUACACUCAACACUAACCGAGCUGGGAUUAGAUAUGGGCUAUAAGACAACGCGCAGCAGCGCCUACUCACCUACGCGUCUGUUCUCCGAGGACUUGGCCGCUUUGGUAGGCGCGAGUGAAGAUUCUCCGCCAGGUACAACGGCAACAUCGACCAUUGUAAGUAGCACCAGCACAGUGACGACGUCAGCAACGACUGGCGGUCAUACGGAAGUUAGCAUAACAUCCAGCGCAACGAGCGGUAAUAUAAGUUCCAGUAAUAUAAAAAUCGAACCCAUCACAACAAGUAGCGAAUAA